AUGAAACAUCGAGGAACUGCUGGUUGCGUUGUUGCUUCGAGGCUCAGCGAUGCUGACCGUGACCUAUCUGUCUUGGUGAUCGAGAGUGGACAGAAUAACUACAAUGUGCCCGCAAUCAUCCACCCGAUCCUCUUCAUGGGCAAUUUGGCGCCUACCAGCACUGCGGCUUUAUUUUACCAGGCCGGAAAGGAGGAGAAGGUAGGUAAUAGGCAACUGGUUGUGCCCGCCGGCGGCAUCCUCGGUGGUGGCUCAUCCAUAAAUUUUAUGAUGUAUAGCCGGGCACAGCGAUCGGACUUCGACUCUUGGAAUAUGCCUGGUUGGUCUGCGGAUGAGAUGAUACCGUAUCUGAAAAAGCUUGAAACGUACCACGGUCCUAGCUCUAAGGACACUCACGGAGACAGUGGGCCAGUACAGAUCUCAGGUGGCACAUACCGUGCUCUCACAUCCGAGAACAAUUUUAUCGAGGCUGCAGCAAAGGUUGGCUGGCCUGAAAUCGAAGACCUCCAAAGCCUGGACUCCAACAACGGUACCCAGCGGGCUGUACGUUUCAUUUCGCCUGACGGUAAACGCCAGGAUUCUGCCCAUGCAUAUCUGCAUCCUCGACUUCAAGACGGCAAGCAUCCAAACCUAAAUGUCCUGGUGGAGUCUCAGGUCAUACGAGUUAUUGUAGAUGACAAUAAGAAUGCUGUUGGAGUUGAGUACCGACCCAAUCCUAAGUUCCAGAACGAUACCACGACUCGGAGUAUCCGUGCCCGCAAGAUGGUGAUCGUAUCGAGCGGCACUAUCGGAACUCCUUCCAUACUAGAGAGAUCCGGCAUAGGUAGUCCCGAACUCCUGAACCGAAUUGGUAUCCCGAUCGUCUCCGACCUUCCUGGCGUCGGUAACAAUUAUCAAGAUCACCAUCUGCUCAUAUACCCAUAUAGGACAAGCUUAGCGCCAGAAGAGACAGCCGACGAAAUCGUACGCGGUGCUCUCAGUGUUGAAGAGCUUGUUAAGACUAAGGAUCUCAGAGCUGGCUGGAAUGCCCAAGAUGUCACUUGCAAGAUCCGACCAACUGAGGCGGACGUCGCUGAACUUGGCCCCGAGUUUCAAGCGGUCUGGGAGAGAGACUUUAAGGCGAAGCCAGACAAGCCACUGGCAUUGAUGUCUCUCGUCAGCGGAUUCGCUGGCGAUCCGAGUAGUGUGCCAGUGGGGCAAUACACGUCCCUGACAGCAUUUACCGUAUAUCCAUAUUCUCGUGGCCACGUACAUAUCACGGGUCCAAGUGUAGACGACCCAGUGGAUUUCAAAACCGGGUUCUUUACCGAUGCCAAUGACAUCGAUAUUCAAAAGCACAUCUGGAUUUAUAAAAAGCAAAGAGAAAUCCUUCGCCGUACGGACAUGUACCGGGGCGAAGUAAUCACUGCCCACCCGCCGUUCGCUUCGGACUCAGAAGCGGCAUGCAUCGAGUUAAACGACGGACCUCUCUCCAACGUGAAGGACAUCACAUAUACUCCGGCGGACGACGCGGUCCUCGAGAAGUGGCUGCGCGAGAAUGUAGGCACCACUUGGCACUCUAUGGGGACAUGCAAGAUGGCACCGCUAGAGAAAGGCGGCGUUGUGGAUGCGAGUCUCAGCGUCUACGGUGUCAAGGGGUUGAAGGUGGCGGAUUUGAGCAUCCCACCAGCGAACGUGGCGGCCAACACGGCCAACACGGCUUACGCAAUAGGGGAGAGGGCAGCAGAUAUAUUCAUCAAGGAACUUGGUCUUGGUAAUAGGGAUAUUUAA